GUGAAAUUUGAAUAUCCUACAUUAUGAAGUCCUAAUGUUUGUAUGUGGGUUAGAGAUAGCAUGUGCCAUCUGUUGACUCCUCUUAGUCAUGUUCUAGUUACUAAGGGUAGUUGCGUCACUGUCAUGGUGAUGAUGCGCUGUCAUCGACCUCAGUUUAUGAAGGUUUGUAUGUUUAGAGGCAGAGUGUAAAUAUAUAUGUUUAUUGAGUGUCCAGAAAAGCGCUAUAUAAAUGUAACAAAUUAUUAUUUGUGUCUGUGGACAAACUACUUUCAUUCAGGGUGUUUGGAAACUCAUACUGUCUGCACACGCUUUAGCUCUCACAUAUUCUGCCUCUUACUCGCAUGGGAGACUGCAUAAUUCAUCAGUGAUGAAUGGGUCAGCAUGUGUUAUGUUCAUACCUCCCGUAAAAAGCCAUGUUGUACACAGUCUUUCUCCAUUUACUUCCUGUAUAUAUAAAUUCUUGCUUCUGAUUGGUCAAUUUUGUCAUUCUAUAUUUAAAUAUGUUUGUAUGAUGAGGUCAUUACUGUCUUCAUUGCUGUACUAGUUUAGUAUCUGUCACUUAAACUGUUCAGUAUUCAUACAGUGAUUUCAGCUUCAAAAUAUAGUUGGGGACAAAUUUCAGAUUCUGUUUAUUCAGACGGUAGUAUUUCCAGGUAGGUGCUGACAGCGAGAGAGUGUUUUGAGGUCUGCCUCACUCGUACUGCAGCUCUCAGUGACUCAGCAAGAGAAAACGCAACGCAGCUUUCGGGAUGAGAGACUAGAAACGGAUAAAAAUGACUCAAGACGGGCUAUUAACAAGCCUUUUUAUUCACCAGACCCAGACAGGAGACUUAAGAUGAAGAACGCGGAGGGUUGAUGUUGACAAUUUGUUUGGAAAACCGGACGAUGCUGCAGUUAGCCAGCGCACUAAAAACGUGAAUCCAGAAGGGUGGGAAUAAUCUUUCACAUUCAUUCUCAGAAGGUUUUGCAACAGAAGACCCACACGAGACUUUGCACGGCCGCAGAAUCAAUUUACACAUUUUAUUCUCUCUGUAACUUUAGCUUACGAAAGAGAGUUUCGAGCUGCCGAUGGGAGUGAGAAUCAUACCGAAAUAUCUCGUAUAUCAGAGGAGAAGCUCGACAGUUUACUGUGAAAACGGGACACACCCUGAGGGAGUGCCAUUCGCUCACACACACUCACUAACAUCUUUGCUUUACAUGCAGAAAUGGCGACUGCCUCAGAUUACCAGAGACACUAUAAUGUGAAAGAUGAGGUAGACGGUGUGGAGAUGCAGUCGGACGAGGGGACGGAGUGGCUCACGGAGCUGCUGACCGAUGUGCAGCUCCAGCAGUACUUCCUGCGUAUCCGUGACGACCUCAAUGUCACACGUCUCUCACACUUUGACUAUGUCAAAAACGAGGACCUUGAAAAGAUUGGCAUGGGCCGCCCAGGACAGAGGCGUCUGUGGGAUGCAGUGAAAAGAAGAAGGGCCAUGUGUAAGCGCAAGUCGUGGAUGAGCAAGUCUCUGUGCUUGGGCCAGCAGGUAUUCACCGGGAAGCGACCCGACUCGGAUGCCCAGACCCCAACAUCACUCCGAAGUUUAUCCCCCUCCCCGGCACAGCCAGAAGGCCAGCCGGCGGAUCUCACCUGCCUUAUCAGUGACCGAGACCUCACCCUCAAUGAGAAACUAGGAGAUGGAUCCUUUGGAGUGGUGAAACGUGGAGAAUGGCAAGCCCCCUCAGGAAGAGUCCUGAAUGUGGCCGUGAAGUGCCUGAAGACGGAUCUGUUGGAGCAGGGUGAUGGUCUAGAUGACUUCAUAAGGGAAGUGAAUGCCAUGCACUCCCUUGAUCACCAUAAUCUCAUUCGCCUGUAUGGCGUGGUCCUUACGCACCCCAUGAAGAUGGUGACAGAACUUGCCCCAUUGGGUUCUUUUUUGGACCGCCUGAGGAAGCGGCAGGGUCAUAUAUUGAUAUCAGUGCUGUGCCGUUACACCGUUCAGAUCGCCUGUGGCAUGGCGUACCUAGAGUCCCUGCGGUUUAUCCACAGAGACCUGGCAGCACGCAACAUCCUUUUAGCCUCUAAUGACCUAAUCAAGAUCGGUGACUUUGGUCUCAUGAGAGCCCUGCCUAAAAACGAUGAUCAUUACGUCAUGCAGGAACACCACAAAGUCCCUUUUGCCUGGUGUGCUCCAGAGAGCCUGAAGACACGUACCUUCUCCCAUGCCAGUGACACUUGGAUGUUUGGAGUGACAUUGUGGGAAAUGUUCACUCACGGUCAAGAGCCAUGGGUUGGGCUCAACGGUAGCCAGAUUCUUCACAAGAUCGAUAGGGAGGGAGAGAGGCUUAUCAAACCAGAAGACUGUCCGCAGGACAUUUAUAAUGUCAUGCUACAAUGCUGGUCACCCAAACCAGAAGACAGACCGACAUUUGUGUCCCUCAGGGACUUUCUGGUGGAGACCAUGCCCACAGACAUGAGGGCACUCCAGGACUUUGACGAGCUCGACAAACUUAAAAUUCAUGCCAAUGACAUCAUCACCAUCAUCGAGGGCAGAGCGGAGAACUACUGGUGGAGGGGUCAGAACAGACAGACUUUGAAAGUGGGACAGUUCCCCAGAAAUGUGGUGACCUCUGUGGCUGGCCUGUCUGCUCAGGACAUCAGCCGACCUCUCAAACACAGUUUCAUCCACACAGGACACGGAGACACAGACCCGCACCGCAGCUGGGGCGCCCCUGACAAGAUCGACGACCUGUAUCUUGGCAAUCCCAUGGAUCCUCCGGAUGUUCUUGGGUUUGAUUCGACCUCGGCCAAGCCUACCAAACUGCCAAACCGAGCCAAAAAACAACCUCCUCCUAGGCCUCCUAAGCCAGCGGUUCUUCUUAAGAAACCGUUCUACGAUUCUGUGCUUGAUGAUGACGACGACGACCUGAUAGUGACGGGUGUGAAGAAGCUCUCUCUUAAAACCCCCACAUACCUGGGUUUGCGUCUCCGCCCUUGGGAAAGCACCAGCCCGAGGGACUUCCUCAGCGAAGUCUCUCUUAUUGACUUUGGAGACGACAGUUUCAGCUCCACCUCGCCCUCCCCCGUUACAGAGACACCCAAUCCCAGCACGCCAAAACCAACCCUGUCCUCCGCCGCUUCCAUCCUGGACAUGGUACCACCGCAGAGCCCCAACCGUUCCCUGCCUAACCCCUUGCACCCCACACCGGUUGUGGAUUGGGACGUGCGUCCCCUGCCUCCUCUCCCGGCGUACGACGAGGUGGCUGUGGAGUGUGAGGAGCAGGAAGACAUCGAGGUGCGUUCCAUAAACGCAUCUGCGGCGCAGGAAGACGCUGCAGGUGAUGAGAUGCGAUCAGAAGACGACGCUAAAACCAACCAUAAGCGCACCAUAGAGGACAACCUCUUCCUACCAUCCAAACGUUUUGAGGAGAGCCACUUAUUUUCACAAUCGGCAGACAUCUUCAAGGAGCUUCAGAAGGAGGUGAUGGUGAAGCUUCGGGUCCCUCCGACGGGACGUUCCCUGCCGUCUUCACCCCUUCUCAUGCCUUCAACUCUCACACCCCACCGCCAGAUCAUCCUGCCCUCCUCCUAUGAGGACAAGCCUCAGAUCCCCCCUAGACUCCCUAUCCCACCCAUGCGGCCCUCUAAGCGGGCAGGAAUAUACGGCAGCAGGCUUUCGGUCUCGCUUGGUGACCACGACGAUGUGAGCCGUUGUCCUCCGCAGAUACCCCCAAGGGAUCACGCGGUAUCCCAGCCCAACUCCCGAGCUCCAAGUCCUAUGGCACCACAGGGCGGCUCUCCUCAACAAAGAUCUAGCCUUUGCUGCGUCGGGUCGCUAGGUUCUUGCCUCUCCCCAUCGUCGUACUCGUCAGCGCCCUCCAGCUCCUCCACAACCUCUUCCACGUCGACAUCCACCACCACCAGUUCCCAAUAUGGCUCAACUGACAUAAGGCAGACUCAGGCAAAGAGCCCCAUCCUGCCUUCAGUGUAUGGAGGUGUGAAGGCCACCACUACUCAUUAUUAUCUUCUACCAGAGAAACCAGUGAAUAUGGAGAGGUUUGACCGGUUCGUGAAGGAUCCAGAGGGAAAUGAUGAGAAAAGAACUACAAAUAUGGCCACCGUGAGGCCUAUGGUUCAACAGCAAGUCAGUAGUCCCCUGCCUUCACCUAAUAACAGCAGGAGCUCGCAAAGUCUGGCAUGGCCGAGUAUUACAUCCGCACAAUCCGGUGUCUACAGCCGUGUCCCGCUACAACAGGUUCAGGAGGCGGUACAUGGCGUUACUGUAGAGGAGUGUCAAGCGGCCCUUCAGACUCACACUUGGAACGUUCAGGAGUCUGUGAAAUACUUGAAGGUGGAGCAGCUGUUCCGACUCGGUCUGAAGCCUCGAUCUGAAUGUGUGGAAGUUCUGGAGCGAUGUGGCUGGAACCUGGAGCAGGCCAGCAUCCAAAUGCUGGAUUCCUAUAGUCCAUCUAGACAUAGGUUCUAACAGUAAGAGGAUGGAGCCAAUGAUAAUCAAGCUUCACAGACGCCACAUCAGUCAGUAGUGCUUAUAAUAAAUGCAAAUUUCACUUGCUUGACAUAAAAUACUGUGAAUUACAAAAAGGGGCAGCGUACAAGGUUUUGUUGUACCCAACGCCUGCUUAGUAAGUUUUCAAAUUCAUUGCUUGACUGCAUAUGUCGUGAUUUUCCAAGACUUCUUUCUUCAGUCUGAGAAACGCCUGUAGUUUAUUCAGUGUAUUUAAUGUAAAGAUGUUGCACUAGCACAAAAAACUUUGGAUGUAUGGACUUGUAUUAGGCCUGUUUCACACAAACUGUUUCAACUGUUGUCAGUGUGGCACUGCUUAGCCGAAGCGUAUACAGUAUAGGUAUAGUCAGAGCCUUUUUGUUUUGUUGUGUGCUGAAAUCAGUAGAAAAGGAGCGUUUGGAGACAACUCUCAUUUGAAGUGUAAUGUAAAUGCUCAUUUCAUUUAUGGCUUUUUUCGAAAUGAAUGCUUAAUGUGCUAACGCAGAAAUAAUUGUAAUUUUGUAUAUUGCACUACAGUUCUCUGACGCAGCGUGAAAGUUUAAUGUGCUGCUACACUGACGUGUGAAACAGGCCUAACACUCCAGUCCUCCUGUUAACUCUCGUUCAUGAAGUUGCAUGCUGAACACAGAUCUCAUUGAUGCUAAUGAGCUUUCGCUAGAUUUUCAGGAUUUUCAGUGGUCUAUUUUUCAUGUGCCAUGGCUACAAUAUUUAUUGUAUUUAUUAAUUUCAUUUCUUUGCCAGAAGUCUUCAGUCUCUUGUGUUUAACCACCAAAGACAUGUGUCAUGUUCUUUCAUUUGUUUACACAGUCACUGCUUCAGCUGCCAUUUUGAAUGAAGAACAAGCUUUUUAAUUUCGGAUAAGUGAGCGCUGAACUUUGUUGCACGCCUUGCGAUUUUUCUCAGGUUCAACAACUAUAAUUAGUCUUUGUGCGAAGAGUGCAUCACAUGUAUUAUUAUAAGGAAAAGCAUUUGUUAUACACGUGGAAUACGCCUGUAACAGCCUUGAUGUACUUUAGUCGUCUAUUAGAAAGUAGUUUAACUGUGUCGAUAGUUUACAAUUAAGCGUCACACACUUUGAAUCAAUCACACACAGAGGCUUCUGCUUUGCAUCUGUGUAAUGUUCAUCAUCUCUGUGUCCAGAUGCUUAUAACUAGCGUUUAUUCCACUUGUUUUGUGUACAUGUCUAUGCAAUCGUUGGUGCGAUACAGUUUUUAAAAUAUAGCCUGUGUCAGUGCUCACCUCAUCAUGUAGAGUUCACUCCACUCUUUCUGAAGUGGUUGGCAGAAUGACGGGCUUAUUGUAAAAGCUUUAUACAUGUGUAUUGUAUACUUAUUUAUCUGUAUUUUUGUAAUAAAUUCAAUCUUUAAAACUUGAAA